AUGUGCCAUUUCGUGCGAUCAACAUCACCAUCAGUCGAGUUCAAGAGCAGCAGGAGAAGAAAGAAGACGGCGCGGGGUGCUGUGUUUGUUAAGGUCGUCAUCGUCACCAUCAUCAUCGCCGUCCUCCACGGUGCCUCUUGGGUGUCGGGGGUGCUAAAGACCUCGGUCGCCAUGGACAAGGGAGGCGGGGCCGGCGGCGAGGACGCCGGUGAGACGAAGAAACCCGCCGGCGACAACGCACCGCCGCCGCCCGGUUUUGACCCCGAGUGCGUCGAGUUCACCGCCUCGCUGCAGAGCGCCUCGGCGCGAAGCAGUUUGACCGUGGCCCCCGAUUCCGCCGGUGGGAGCGGAACUGCACUGCACACUCGGCUGGCGGAGCUGCUGAACGAGAAGCUGCUGGACCCUAUCUUGGACACCUACCACCAGGGAACCGAGAUGGUUCAGACGCACGUCGUGGACCCGGUGAGCCAGGCGUACGAAGGAGCACCUGCUUACUUUCAGAGCACCGUGGUGGAGCCAAUCAAGGACGCGUACAACCGGGCAGUCGACAUGUACGACGAGAACGUGACCAAGCCUGCCGCUAAAGCUGCCGGAAGCCUCACCGACUUCCUGAAGAGCUACGGCGUCUGGAAGGACGACGAAGAGGCUUCCGGGUCUCCUCCUCGUCCUCCUUCGUCUGCUCACCACAGGGAGCAGGGUGAGAUGGAAGAGGCCUAUAGAGGCGAAGGACACAAAUUCGGUGAUCACAAAGCCGGCGAUUCGAAGCCACCAAAAACUGACCACCUCGAAAGGCGCCUGGUGUUCACGUAUCGGGCAGUUGCGUCUCAGUACAUGGGCCUCUUUGGCUAUAGGCCCUUAAGCGAAGAACGGAUUCAGCAAGUCCAUUAUUUAGAGGAACCUCGUUCCCCGCCGAAGCUGCCCGAAGGUCCGAAAGUACCCGAGCCUCAAAAGAGCACCACGGAGGUGCCGCUGAAGCCAGCGCUCAAGCGACGAGACUCGCUGACGUUCGCGAUGCACAAGCGAGCCGACCACGGAGGCGACGGAGGCGCAGGAGUCAGGAGCCCCGACCGGCAAGCCGAGGGCGGCAAGGGCGGCCUCGAGGCCGGCCACAAGGUCAAGUUCGGCUACGAGGAGGUGCGCACGCUGCCGCCGGAGAAGAAGCGCAACAAGCACGACUUCAACGACGUUGUCGAAGACCAGCUGGGCAAGAUCACCACCAAGCCGACGUCACAG